AUGGAGAGCGACGCCCGCCUUCCAUGGCGGACAUUCACUGUUCACGGCCCUCAGAUGGCAUUGGCAAUGCUGCGGGGCAUCAAGCCCGUGGAGACCAGGCGCUUCUCCUGGCUGCGGCCUGGGUGGUCUAAUCUGCACGUUGGCAAGGGUCCGAUUAGCAAAUAUCCCGCCUGCCAGGAGGCUUUGCGCAGGACUUGGCCAGACGCCCCGGCGGAGGGCGCGCUGCUCCGUCAGUGCGUUGUUGGUCAGGUGCAUUUGGCCAAGAGAGUGCCGUUGGAAACCGUGGCGCGCCCGUGGGCCAUGCCCGCAGCAGGGUCCUGGUGCUACGUCAUCGACGCCGCGCGCGGGCGCCCUGUUGACUGGGCCGGGCAGCCGCCUGCGGAGCGUGCGCCGCCAGGGGCCCAGCUGGGGAUCGCCCUCGAGCUCGGCAUCGGCGAGAGCCGGUGCGCGCAGACAUCGGGGUGCGCAAGCGCGCAGGAUCCGGCCACCCGGCUACCUCGCGGCAUGGUCAGGCGCAAUUUCUUCCGAUCGGCGGCGCCAACAAGGAAGAGGAAGAAGAAGCGGCCUGUGGAGGAGGGCGGGGCGCCCGCGAACUCGCCCGCCAACCUGCCACCGCGCGUUGGCGGCCAGGAUUGUCGCAGCGUGGCCGCGGCAGGCCAGAGGGCGCAGCGCGUGGCGGCCGGCAGGACUUUGCCGCGCCUGCUACAUUUGAUGCGCAUGAGCUUGCUCCACCGGCCAGAGCGCUGCGUGGAUAGCGCUGAUGGGCUGCGCCCUCAUGGAGGGCUGUUCGGGUGCAUCGCCGGCGACCCGGCGUUCAUCGUGGGAGAUCUGCACACGGUGAAGCAGUCCGAGAUUUCCAACGUCGGGGCGCAUUUCCAGGCGGCGCUGCGCAGCGGCGGCCAGCGGUCGAGCCUCCAUUUCACCUCCUGGCGCGACGAGGCCGGCUGCGACAAAGCGCCGGCGCAACUCAGUCGCACCCUGGCGGCGCUGUGGGGCGUCGCGCGCGACCGUGCCCAGGCGCGCCAGAGGGGGCCUGGGUUCCGCAACGUCUGCGUGGUUCGCCCUGCCGCCGUAGAUGCGCACGUGGCAGAGGCCGCUGCCAGGGGCGAGCGCCAUUGCACUGCUCCCCUGGCCGACCAGUCCAAGACGCAGUUCGUCCUGGACUUCCCGUUGCCACUCCAGCUUGAGGUGGGGGCGCACCGAUGCCAAACUUGUCAUGCCCGUGGUGCUCGAGAUUGCUGUGGGUUUCCAGUGACGUUGGCGGAUAUCCGAGCAGCGCGCCCCGGGGCGUUGGCGUUGCAGACUAAGAAGCACGGCCUCACCCUCGCCACGCGCGUCUUCCUGCUGCACUUGCUCCAGAACUUCAACAAGGUAUUCUGCGCGCCCAGCAAUGAUGCGCUGAGGGCUUUCAUCUGCGACGCCUUAGAGAAUUACCUGGGCCCGCUGGUUGAGCACGUGCGGAAACACGUCAACGUCUACAGCGGCUCCGUCGUCAGAGGGGACGGAAAUUGGGACCUCGCCGCCCGCGUCCGCAACGACCAGGGGCGUGAGUUUAGCGUGAUACUGGCGUGGAUUGGCGUGGACGGCGCGCUCCUCAAGCCCGUCAUUGCCAGCAAGACCGAGGACCUUGUCGACCUGCUCCCCGACCUCGACGACGUCGUCUCCAGCCUCAAACGUGACCGCCAAGAAGCGGGCUUGGGCCUGGCCGCCAGCGCGCCGAUUUGCCAUUCCACGGACGUGCACGGCAAACAUCGACUCAAGCUCGCCGAGUUCUACAUGGGCAAGUACCCCGAGCAGACGUCUAUCGCAGUUGCCGACACGCCGAAGGCCGACGGCGCGCAGGCCGCGGAUCGCAUCAGCGAGCCUCUGGCGGCCAUCGCUGGCGACCCCGUCCACGACGCCGCUGCCUCGGCUUGCGCUG